UGUCUAUUUCCAGAAACUGAAAUUCAGAAUGCUACAGUGGAGAGUAUUCCCUGUGUUGGUAUUUGCUGCCAUGUACAUGUUCAGUUUUAUAGGAGGAUCUUUCGGAAGACACCCAUAUGGAAAUUGUAUAAAGUAUGCAGUUGGGGAAAUCAAACCUAGGCUUACGAAUGGAGACAGAUUUUGCAUAACGGAAGGAAGAUAUGUGUACUGUAAAGAAUUUAAGUGUCCUAUCACAGAAUGCAUGAGACCUGUAGUUCCUAACAAUGGAGUAUGCCCAUAUUGUAAAGGUACUUGCAGUUACGGAGGAGCUAUCUAUCAAAUUAAUGAAAAUUUUCCUUGUCUGGAUGGAGUAAACGGCUGUUCCUGUCGCGCCAAUAAUAUCAUAAUAUCUACAAAAAUUAACACGAGUCCAGAAAACAUGUGUUUAAAAAGACCUUGAAGCUUAUGGAUUAAGAUAAAUAAAGGAA